AGGACCUAAUAAAUUGUUCGUACCCAACAUAAACACUUCCUCCAACUACAAGAACAAAUUUUACCAAAAUCGAACUGUACACUACAGGAAAGUUGUUUGAUCCAUUCAUCACAACAAAUUGCCCACAAUGUGGCGCGCCACUACUUCCAGUACGUUCGGUCGGCAAAUCCGUCAAGGUUUUGCCAAUGCCAGGACAUCAAGAGGCUCGUAUCAGUACCAGCGUCGUACCUUCGUCGACAGCAGCACUGCUUCCUCGUCGUCUUACACCAGAACAGCCUCAUCUUCAAGCUCCACCUUCGGCGCAGAACAAACCUUCAACGCAGGAUCUUCAGCCGGAGGAGCGGAAAAUGCAGGUGGUUACGAGCAACAGUACAAUCAAGACGGCGGUAGUAGCAGUGGUAGCCAAAAUAACACUUUCUUCGACUACAUCUCCCAAACCUACGUUCCUGCGGCGGCAACUGCCUCUACUGGAGACACGACGACCAAAAGACAAAAAUCCCCCCAACCUUUUUCCCGGGAGGCCACGAAGAGACAGGUGCAGCAGGACACGAAUAAGUCGAAGGAAGAAUACGACAACCUCCUCGGCGGACCGACGCCCUCGCAAAGGUUCAAGGGUGGAACAACGGGUGAACAAAACAACAAACCAUCUAAAUCAACAAGCUACCUGGGAAGUAGAACAGCCUCUGCUGCUUCUACAACAACUUCUACUCCUGCACCGGUUUCCUACUUUUCCAACACAACGCAUACUAGUUUUUCCAUGAAGAACAAUGUCGAUUCCACCGCGAAUGACUUGCUGAGAGACAAAACUUCGUCCCUGUUAAGAGCAAACAACAAGGAAUUUUCUGUCCUCGGCACGGAUUCGCGGUUUCUGAAGCAGAAAUACCCGCGGGAAUUCGCGAUUUUCACCUCGAUCGAUCGGGACAACGACGGGAUUAUUACGGAAGAAGAUUUGGAGGAAUGCCUCCACCACUACGGCGUCGCGGAGAUGACGCACGAGCUGUUCCGGUUGAUGACGGGCUCCUACCCAGAGUCCGCAGCGGAUUUGGAUAAUGACCUGCAAACGGAAAAUAGUGAUGCAGGAACAUCAAAUAAACCCCCAAUCGGCAUCAAUUUCGCCCAAUUUUACGCUCAUCUCGAAACUUUCCGGGUCCUCCGGAUGACAGCAAGGUUGAGAAUGUGGAAAGACUGCAUUGGCUUAGGAGUGGCGGGCAACGUCGCGGGCCACAUGGACCAGGCGGGGGAAGUGUCGAAAAACGAAGCGGUGUUUCACAAUCCGAAAACCCCCACUGCUCUUUUCGCCUUCUACGUGCCGAACGCGCAGAAGAUUCUGUCGGAAAACAAGCACCACAGUUCGAAAAAACCGUUGACAGAGUCUCUGCGGAAGGAGUUGCAGCGGCUGAAACGGUUCCCGGUCACGAAUAAGGUGAUCGAUUACCCGAGUAAUCUGUUGGAAGAAUUGGAAGCAGAGCAACAGAAAAAUCAUGACAGCUUUUCCGGCUUUGGGGUAUCAUCAACUACGGCAACAUCAGGUGCUGGUCAGAACUACAGUGUGCACCACAUCAAUCAAGAGAACAAAAACUGGGAUUUGUUGAAAGUGCAAGUCGAGCCCGAAGUGGCGUUGUUAGCGAAGAUCGAGUAUGACCACUCCAUGGACCCGGAAUUGCUAAAGGAGGGGAAAAGGAAAAAGGUCAAACGGUUAAUCCCGAUGAAGGUCGCCGCCUUCAACGACUGCUCCUUACGUUCGGAAAUCGGGGGUGGCAUGUUCAAAUUUGCGGGAAAAUUAUCGGAAAAGAAAAACUGGGGGUUCGGGAGUAAAGGGAUUUCUUUUCAGGCCUUUCCGGUUGACAAAUUCAGUAAGGAAAUCGCGAAGCCUAUAAUUGCAGGAGCUGUCGGGACUGCGAAGACCUCCACGAUGAAGCAGCAAGAUGAACAAGGUGUGAGCAUGGGACCGCAGUACGACCACGGGAGGGAAGAGAAAGACAACUUCGCCCGGGCUUCGAUCGGCAAAGCGGUGUCGGAUGAGCACAAGAUUCGGUCGACAAACCCGGAGGAUAAAAUGCCCAGUUUGGUCAGCAAAUUGUGGAUCACGAGUUACGUGCGGAGGAACAACGAAAUCUUCGGCUACACCGUGCCGGCGUCGAUCAACUCGUAUUUGCUUUUCUACGAAGACUUGCUCCAGUGGAUCGUCACGCAGAUGAACCACCAGGGACGUUACGACAAGUGGGAAGACAUUUCGGAGCUACUCGACGUCGCCAAUUACCCACGGUACUGCUGGAUCGCGCUGGGCGCCGGGCAGUACACCGACUGGGGGCAGAAACACUUCUUACAUCCGGGGGAUGAGGCGGUGGUGAUUUUGUACCGAAACGACAGGUACCCGGAGGAGGGCGGGCCGAGCAUGGAAAUCAUCCGGAACAUCUUUGACGAAAGGGGGAAGGUGCCCGAGGGAAUUUCGUCGCUGCACCAGAUUUUCGUUGACUCGCAAAACGUGAAGGGGAACGCGUUUUGAUGAGAAAAGAUUUAUUCUCAGAGGUUGUUCUUCAGGUGUAGUACUGCACAGAACGACGUUGGAGCUCGUUGCAGUGCAGUCAUGCACCAUUUUAGCAGUAGCACUACUAGUGCCUGUGUUUGAUUGAUGUAGUUUAGUUUCGUAGUUCUUUCUCAGCUGCUCGUGUUGGAUACAAAUUCUGUUUCUGGCCGAGUGAAGGUCUUCGUGUUGUAAAUUAGGCUUUAAUAGCUUUUCCUUUUGCUUUUUGUUUCGAUUUCCCAUUCCGAGAACAUGUAUGAGUAUGAAUCUAUCUUGACUUUUCCACAGUGGCAUUGCAUCGCAAAGGAACAAGAUGUUUUUUCAUGCUGGUCCCUCUGCACGAACAAGAAAAAUCGCAGGCUGGUGUUUGAAUGAGACGCGCCGUGAUGAGGAUUUUUACUUAAUACUGCUCUCAU